UAGCGUGAUUCUGUGUCAACUACAGGAACUUCACAGACAUUUAUAUAUAUAUAAAAAAAAAAUAGGAACUGGUCCCGACAUUAUAAAAAGGAACUGCCACAACUAGUUGAGUAAAUUUGUCCCAGCACAGUUUAACAACUGCAUUGAAAGUGUUUACCGAAGCCAUUGCCAUCACUGUAAUGAGCCCGCUAUAAUAAAUGGAGGAUACUCAGUGCGUGUUCAUGGUACUGUAGUAUUACAUGGAUGAGAAUGGCCAAUGAGCUCUUAAAAGGGAAGAGUGGGCUGACAAGAAUGCAUCUAAAGGAACAGCUUGGAAUUCUGGUGAUUAUUUUUGAAAUUUGUAAAGGCAUUGCUUGGUGUUCUGGAUUACAUAUUGGUGCUCUGGAAGGAGAAAUUGCCAUUCUAACUUGCAACAAAUGCAAAGAGAACGCACAAAGUUGGAGUGAGCUACAUAAUUCUGGUUUUACAGUUGAAUGGAGUGUAAAUACAAGCAGUGGGUUUGUGAAACUCACACAAACAGAGAAGGUAUUCUUUGAUUUACAUUCACUCAGAUUGCUGGGAGUUACAUUAAACAAUACCGGAGUGUACAGGUGCUCUCUAAGAAAUGAAACAGAUAUUGUUGAAUUCAAACAACUUGAGUUGGAAGUGUACAAAGGAAAGUGCUACAACAUAAAUUAUGAAUACUUACGUUCCAGUUUUGUUGACCAGUCCACGAAUCUCAUCUGUCCAGAGAUGGAACAGUUUUCCAGUACUAAGCAUCGUGUAACAUGGGUGAAGGACUGCGAUAGAAUAAUUACAUCCGAAAAGGAAAUGCAUAUUAAAAGAACUAAAAAAAUAAACGCUGGACAUUACACCUGCAUAUAUUCUGUUGAAUAUGAUGGAAAAGAAUACAAUAUAUCAAAAACAAUAAACCUGGUUGUAAAAGAUUCUCCUGAAAGUAUGGACCCUAAGAUGACAUUUCCUACUGGAACGGUUAAAAUUGAAGUAGAAAUAGGUAAAGAAACAACAAUUAACUGCUCAGCAAUUCUAUAUAAAGAUGACCCACUUGUAACUCUGUAUUGGCAAAAGAACAAUUCCUUUGUUUCUAUGUGUGAGGACAACAACCUUGUAUGCUCAGAAGAUGGAACUAAAGAACAUACAGAAACGCAACCUCAUAAUUCAUAUCAGAUGAUAUCACCAUUAAUAUUUAAAAAUGUUCAAGAAGAACACCUCAAUAUGAAAUACGACUGCAUACUAAGUAGCACUAUGAAGGGUGGAAAUGGAUCAAUCAUCUUAAUAAAAAAAAAAGUUAUUUCUACAGACAUCAGUCGCAGCUCCUUCUCUUCUGGAAUUAUAGUGGUUGUUGUUUUUAUGAUUACCAUCGUCACAGUCAUUGUUAUCUGUGUAAUGCUAAAAGUAGAUAUCGUCCUUUUCUACAGAGCUGUCACAGGCAAAGAUGAGACUAUUGCAGAUUUCAAGGAAUAUGAUGCAUACGUAACUUACGAUAAGGGUACUUCGUCCUAUGCUGAAAAGGAAAGGAAUUUUGCGCUUGAGGUGCUGCCUAAAGUUCUCGAGGAACAGCUUGGUUACCAUCUGUGCAUUUAUGAGCGAGAUGUCCUUCCGGGAGGAGCUUUUGUUGAUGGUGUAUUGGAAUACAUUGAAAAAAGCAGAAGAUUAAUAAUGAUUCUGAGUGAGGAAAAUACAGAUAGUGAAAGGCAAUAUGAAUUAGUAACUGGCCUGCAUAAUUCAUUGGUUGAUAGAAAAAUAAAAAUCAUAUUAAUUGAGUAUAAGCCUUUAAAGGACCUAGGCUCCUUACCGGAGUCAAUCCAACUACUUGUGAAGUCCAAUGGGACGGUAAAAUGGAAGGACAGUGAGUCCAUGAAAGUAAAUUCACGAUUUUGGAAGAAAAUGCAGUACCUGAUGCCAGCAAAAAAACACGUUUCCUCUGAUCCAGAAGAAGUGAACAUGCUCUAAAAUGUAACCACUAUGGCACAUGAUUUAAAAUCAUCAAUAAUGUAUCUUGCAAUCCGUGCUCAGCUACUGACUCGUUGUGUGAUCCUGAGCAAGUCACUUAAGAUUUAAAAGUGAGUAGUUUUUCGAGAUUUACAAUUAUA